GAUGGGGAAGAAGUCGCGGGCGGUCCCCGGCCGGAGGCCCAUCCUGCAGCUCUCCCCGCCGGGCCCUCGGAGCGGCGCCUCUGGACGCGACGCGGAGCCCGAAGCCGAGGUUGAGGUUGACGCGGUGGUUUCCGCCCCGGCUCCGACCCCGACCCCGGCUCCGACUCCGGCCCUGGCCCCGGCCCCGGCUCCGGCCCCGGCCCCGGCCCCGGUCCCGGUCCCGGUCCUGGCUCCGGCUCCGGCUCCGGCCCCGGCCCCGGCACCGGUCCCGGUCCCAACUCCGGUUCCGGCCCCGGCCCUGACCCCUGCCCCGACGGCGGCAGCGACGGCGGCCACGGUGGCGACCUCCCUAGAGGACUCGCCCUCGGAAGAUGAACAGGAAGUUGUUCCAGAAGCUCCUAAAGUUAUUGUUCAGAAUCCCCCCAAACCAGUCAUGCCAACCAGACCUACCACCGUCAAAGCAACAGGAGGCUUGUGUUUGCUUGGUGCCUACGCAGACAGUGAUGACGAUGAGGGUGAUAUACCUGAGAAACCAGCCUUGCCUAAGGAAGCAAAUGGAAACCAAUCCACUGACAUUGACAGCACGUUGGCCAACUUCCUCGCGGAAAUUGAUGCCAUAACAGCCCCGCAGCCUGUGUCUGCAGCUAACACUUCUGCCCCGCCUCCAACUCCACCUCGCCCAGAGCCCAAGGAGUCUGCAGCGGCUUCCGUUUCCUCUCCAAGCCACGCCUCCGGGUGGCAGUAUGACACCCAGUGCUCCUUGGCCGGAGUGGGGAUUGAGAUGGGAGACUGGCAAGAAGUUUGGGAUGAGAACACGGGUUGCUAUUACUAUUGGAACACACAGACAAAUGAAGUGACGUGGGAACUCCCACAGUACCUGGCUACCCAGGUACAGGGAAUACAACAUUACCAGCAAAGUUCUGUAACAGGUGCUGACACAAGUUUCCUGGUGCCAGCAGAUAUAUACUCCAAAGAAAAGACUCUUUCUGUUACCACUAAUAAGAGUGGGCCACUCUUGGUUAAGCGAGAAGUUAAAAAGGAGGUGAACGAAGGGAUCCAAGCUCUUUCAAAUAGUGAAGAGGAAAAGAAGGGGGUGGCAGCUGCUCUGCUGGCCCCUUUGUUGCCUGAGGGUAUAAAAGAGGAAGAGGAAAGAUGGAGGAGAAAAGUGAUUUGUCAAGAAAUCGAUCCAGUAGCAGAGGUAAAGGAGAUGGUGGCGGCAGAGGAAUUGUCAGGGACAAGAAAAACACAAGAAACUAUGGGAGAAAAUGCAGAAGACAACUCCCAGGAGGAUCUGUGUAGCGUUGUGCAGUCAGGAGAAAGUGAGGAGGAAGAGGAACAAGAUACCCUUGAACUCGAGCUCGUAUUGGAGAGAAAAAAGGCAGAACUGCGGGCCUUGGAGGAAGGAGACGGUAGUGUGUCAGGGUCUAGUCCACGUUCUGACAUCAGUCAAUCCGCGUCUCAAGAUGGAAUGCGUAGACUCAUGUCAAAAAGGGGGAGAUGGAAGAUGUUUAUCCGAGCUACCAGUCCAGAAUCUACCAGCCGGAGUUCUAGCAAAACUGGCCGUGAGACCCCAGAGAAUGGAGAAAUUGCGAUGGGCACUGAGAAUUCAGAGAAAAUAGAUGAGCAUUCUGACAAAGAGCAAGAGGCAGAAGAAUGUCCAGAAAAACUAAAGUCACAAACAGUGCCAAAGCUGGAUGAAGAACAGGAUUUGAAAUUUCAGAUUGGAGAACUGGCAAAUACCCUGACCAGUAAACUGGAAUUCCUAGGAAUUAGCAGACAAUCCAUCUCCAAUUUUCAUGUGCUUCUCUUACAGACUGAGACACGAAUCGCGGACUGGCGAGAAGGAGCUCUCAACGGAAGCUACCUCAAGCGAAAACUACAGGAUGCAGCAGAGCAACUAAAACAGUAUGAAAUAAACGCCACUCCUAAAGGCUGGUCCUGCCACUGGGACAGGGAUCAUAGACGUUAUUUCUAUGUAAACGAACACUCGGGCGAGUCUCAGUGGGAGUUCCCAGAUGGUGAAGAAGAAGAAGAAGAAGAAGAAGGGCAAGCCCAGGAGAAUAGAGCAGAGACUGUUCAUAAACAAAUCUUGAAAGAGAAAAGUGGCGCUGAUGCAAACUCUGGGGAAUCCACUGAGAAUUCCACAGGUUCUCUUUGUAAAGAGCCCUUUUCUGGUCAAGUCUCUUCUGCAUCGCUCGUACCACUUACUCCAUUUUGGACCCUCCUUCAAUCCAAUGUUCCUGUGCUUCAGCCUCCAUUGCCCUUAGAAAUGCCACCCCCACCUCCCCCUCCCCCAGAGUCACCUCCUCCCCCACCCCCACCUCCUCCUGGAGAAGAUGGUGAGAUUCAGGAGGUAGAGAUGGAGGAUGAAGAAAAUGAAGAGCCUCCUGCCCCAGGAACUGAAGAAGCUGCCCCCUUAAAGCCCUCUGUAGCAACUCCAGCUGUCAGCAGCCAGAGUUCAGUUGAUUCCAGCACCUCCAACUCUACUACCACCAGAGCAGUGAAAAGGAAAGCCUCAGAAACAGCUGCCGGAGUGGCCCAAAGAUCAGCCACCAUUGGUGGCUCUCCAGUUCUCUAUAGCCAGCCAGCCCUAACUACAGGUCACCAAACUGUAAAUGUCAGCCACCAACAAACCUCAGAUGUCGCUCAUCAAACAACAGGCACCGGUCACCAAGCCACAGGGGUGGGCCUCCAAUCGAGUUAUCUGGGACUGGCAGCGUCUCCUGCUGUCAUGUCCUAUCCUGAGUGCCCCUUACCGGUUAGAAUGACCGUUCCCACGGUACAACCGGUGCCAUCUCGAAGCCUGCUGAGCACUGCUAGCAUCACAGAGCCUCCGCCCCCACCUGCUCCCAAAAUGCCACCACCUGAGAAGAGCAGAAAGGGGAAGAAGGACAAGGGGAGAAAGAGUAAAACAAAGAUGCCCUCUCUGGUAAAGAAGUGGCAGAGUAUCCAGCGGGAGCUCGAUGAAGAGGAGAAUUCCAGCUCAGGUGGUGAAGACCGGGAGUUGACGUCACAGAAGCGGAUUGAAGAAUGGAAGCAGCAGCAAUUAGUCAGUGGCAUGGCUGAGAGAAAUGCUAACUUUGAGGCCCUUCCUGAGGACUGGCGUGCUCGACUAAAGAGGAGAAAAACAGCUUCAAACACGUAAUUCAUUCGGGGCAUUUGUGUUUUAUUUUCAUGUACAGUUAAGAGUCUUACCAGUUUUACUGUUGUCAGAUAAACUGUAAAUGUUUUGGGAGAGAGCAUUGAAUUUCCUGGAUUGGUGAAGGAACGUGUGCAGAACCAAGUUUUCCCUCCCUUUUGCGGAUUGGAAUCUUAAUGGCCGACGUUAAAGGGCCAGGCCCUCGGACUUCCUCUGCUGCCGGCCAGCUCCAGUUUGUGUGUAGACUCACGCAUUGGUUUGAUGCUGAGGCUGAGGAGCAGCGUCUCAAUCACAGGCUUAAUAAGGUGUGAACGAAAUGCUGGGCAGGCCUGAGGUGAGGGGGCGGGGAGGUCUGAGGUCCAGACCGUGCCCGUGGUUUCCAGUUUGGAGCCCUUGACCAUAUGUCCCCAGCAAGUGCAGUUAAGCAGAAGGCAGCCGUUCUCUUUUUUUCCCCAGAAGCUUGUUCCUUGCUCAGAGCCUGGUAGUCCUGGCCUGUGCUUCCAGCCUCGGGCUGCCUGCCGCCCACGUUCUACUGUACCUGGGUCUGAUAUUUCUCCCAUACGGACCCGGUGUCUGCACUGUUCCCGGUGGUUCUUGUCCGCAGGGAUUCUGGAGCUGAGCGUCCUCAUCUCACUUAGAUGCUUUUGUGGAGGCUGGGUUUAGAAUUUCACACAAGCAGCGACAAUUGCCGUUUAUCAUCUCCGGUAAAGGAAGGUGGAUUUCUUAAUCCCUUGCUCUUACCUGAAUGAGUAUGUCAGGAGCAGUUGAGUCCAGAUUCAUGUUUCUGUGUCUCCAUUUUACCCUGUUCCCAAGCGCACCUUCCUUCUGUCUCUACAUUGUACUUGCUCUCUGUAAAGAUUCCAGUAUUUAAACGGCGGUUCCCUGUUCUUUCUGUAUUUUUUAUCUUAUCACAAUCAGGUAAAAGUCACUUUCUUUAAACUGAAGGAAAAGCAAAUUGUGUUUUAAAGCUGUUUGUAUUUCUCCAGUUUUUGACUUUGUAAAUUUGUAUAUAUGCACUAAUAAAAUCUUUUUAUACUUCUGA